CAACCUGAGGGACGGUAACAACCCGGACUUAAGAAGGAGGGUUCUCACCGGGGAGAUUUCACCGGAGAAACUCAUCACAUUGUCUGCUGAAGAAAUGGCAAGCGACAAGAGGAAACAAGAGAACAAUCAUAUCAAAGAGAAAGCCCUGUUUGAUUGCGAGCGUGGUCUUGCAGCAAAAGCAUCUACCGAACAGUUCAAGUGCGGGCGGUGUGGUCAACGCAAAUGCACCUACUAUCAGAUGCAAACAAGAAGUGCUGAUGAGCCAAUGACGACCUAUGUUACAUGUGUUAACUGUGACAACCACUGGAAGUUCUGUUAAGGAGAUCUUUGUGUGUCUUUGUAUUUCAUGAGACCAUGUUAAGACAUAGAGGCUCUGAUUGAUUAAUCAGGAGCUUCAUGUCCAUUUGCCAUCAUUCCGUGAAUGUUCCGGCUCCGAUGUUUGUUUUAAGGAUAUCAUUCAAUGUCUUAGAGAUUAGUAAGUAAGGGUAUUUACUAAUUUAGGUGUUUGUAGCUCUUAUUUCUUUUGCUUCUCUUCUUCCAAACUGUCAACUCAACUUUCUUGCAGAUUUUACCAAGUUUUGAAGUUUAUUUAGUUGAAGAACUUAUAAGUUGAAAGAAUUCUUAUUUUUGUAUGUUUUUUUUUUUUUUUAAUGUUUUGAUGAACUUGUUCUUCCAUUCCAAUCGUUCCAAAAAUCCAAACUUUUAAAGCGUAUUCAAUCAAACGAAUCUCGUCCUAGACAUAUCUUGGUCAUCCCAAGAAGAAGAGAAAAAAUUAUGGUCAAGCAACUAAAAGUCUAAACCCAUUUUAAAAUUCUAGUGUUGAUAUAUGAGAUGAGAAUUAUACUAUAUUGAUCACUUGCCCAAUUAAAAAAUAUCGUAUAGAACAGUCAAGUCAACAGGAACGGGAAGAGGAAGAAAAAAAAAUAAUGACACGUCAGCAGGAGGCGAUUUUCUAAGCGACUAGGGUUUUUUUGUCGUUGGUUCCACGCAAGAAGGUUUUCAGGCGGUCAGCCGCCGGGUUUUUCCAGGAUGGUGGACAUUGUAGGAGAGGUGGCAGUGUCGGGUUCAAGCCAAUCGAAGGAGGUUCCAAGUCCAAAAUCGUAUGCGAAUGUUGUUGGUAGCAGACCUAGUCUUGCUAAAUUUGAUGUGAAUGUUUCAACAGUUGAUGGCAAGGCCACGGUGGCCGUUCCGGAUACAAUUUUGGAUGAUUCUGUUCCCUUGUGGGAGGAUUUCUUAAUAGGUAGAUUCCCAGGUACAGCUCCCCAUGUAGCGAAGAUCCAUGUCAUAGUUAAUAAGAUAUGGAACUUGGGUGAUAAGAGUAUUAAGAUUGACGUUUAUGAAGUAAAUUCCACCACUGUGAAGUUCCGGAUCCGUAACGUCUCCGCGAGGAUGCGUGCGCUGAGGAGAGGCAUGUGGAAUAUCUGUGAGCAGCCAAUGAUGAUGUCGAAAUGGACUCCAAUAGUGGAGGACGCUCAACCAGAGAUUAAAACGAUGCCUUUGUGGGUCAAAAUAAAAAAUGUUCCGUAUUCGAUGUUUACGUGGCCUGGUCUGAGUUUUCUUGCAAGUCCUGUGGGUGAACCGAAGAGGCUGCAUCCGGACACGGAGCUGGUCACAAGUUUUGAUGAAGCAAAGAUCUUUGUUGAAGCUGACUUGUCAAAAGAGCUACCAAAGAUUUACUAUUUCCAAGUCAGAGGAGAAGAAAUAUGCGUUGAAUAUGAAUACCCUUGGCUACCUCAAAGGUGUGGGUUUUGCAAGAAGUGGGGUCACCCAGAUGAUGGUUGUAUGGCUAAAAUUGGUCGAGUUGGAUCCCCUAGAGCUUCUGGAUCCCCGGUGCCUAGUUCGGAGCUGCGAACGGACGCUUUGAAUGUAGCAGUCAAUGCUACAACAACAGUCAAUGCUACAACAGCAGUCACAACAGCAGUCAAUGCUACAACAGCAGUCAAUGCUACAACAGCAGUCACUUCAAAUGUUGUUGUUGAGCAAACUGUAAGGGAGACAAAGAACACAGGUGGAGAAGAGAUCACACGGGUGGAGGGAGACAAAGAACACGUUGCGGACUCAACGGUUGGCGAGGCUGUGGAAACAAGAUCCCCUGUUUCACAAGGGUUGAAGGAACUCGAUCAAAUUCAAGAAGUAAAAUGGCAAGAUGUUCCUAACUCAGGAGGAAAAAGCUCAAAAGCUUCGGGUAAAAGUCUGGUUUAUGGUCAAGUUCGUAUAAUUUCUCCUACCCGGUUUGAUAUCUUGAGGGAUAACCAAGAGGAAGGUGAAUUUCUUCAAGAAAUAAAUUCUGAAAAGUCGUUGAAAAUGGAGGCUGCAGUGACAACUCAGAAAAAUUCAUCAAGUCAAGAUUCAACGGGUUUGCGGGUGCAGCUACCUCGCGAUUCAAAAAACUCUCACAAGUUUCUAUCUGAAAAUUCUCAAAAAGCAAGGGCUAUG